AUGAUACGCCCCGAAGAUGUUGACAUCGACUUGUCUAAAGCUCUCGAUGAACGAGGUUGUGUAUACAUAGCAAGCAUGGACAAUGAGCAGAGAGCUGGAACGGUGGUAGUCAAGAUUCUAUCGCACAAUGUUACUCCUCAGCUUCUCUAUAAACACCAUAGAACCUGGCUUUCCUUGGACCACCCAAACGUAUUGAAAAUCAUUGGCCUCUCCGACCAAUAUGCAGACCCUCUUUUCGUGGUAUCGGAACACCACCGAUCUGGAAAUGUCGUUCGUUAUCUCUCUGCGAACCCUCUCUCAGAUCGUCGCCAGCUCGCUGGAGAUAUUGCUUCUGGGAUGCGGUAUUUGCACCAGUGUGGCAUCCUUCACGGCAAUCUCAAACCUUCGAAUAUAUUGGUCGCAGAUGACGGCCGAGCUUGUGUAGCCGACUACGAAAUGAACGAAAUUCAAUCUAGCCGAAGCCAAGGAUCACAUCGAUACUACAGUCCUGAAGCGUGGAACAAGACAAUAUCACGACCGUCUGAUGUUUACGCUUUCGCUAUGUGUGCGUACGAGGUGUUUACCUCGGUGCAGCCAUGGGGAGAUCUGCCCGGGAGAGAUGUGUAUCGUUUGGUGGUAGUUGAUCAUGUUCGACCAAGACGGCCGGAUCGUUCGCAGUCCUUGUUCUCGGGACUUACAGAUAGAAUAUGGAGCAUUAUAGAAGAGUCGUGGAAUCCAGAAGCGAGAUUUAGACCUACGUUCGAUAUCAUCGUCAAGAUGUGGCCAAAUGGCUCACCGGGGGAAGAGCUCAGGUUGGAAAGAGCCCCAUUGCGCCUCGACAGCAUAUCACUUGUCAACCGUCCUAUGCCUCCUACUCGAGAAAGCUUUUCGUCACCACCAGCGUACCGGCGCACCAACAUCAAUCCAAAUCCCUUAUUAAUGACAUCGCCCUCGACGACUUUGACACCGUCCAACCCCGGUCUCCGAAUUCGUCCAUUACCGUCGUUACCUGCAGAAAGUGGGAGAAACAACGUUGUUGGUGCUGACGCUAGCACACCCUCUACGGGGACUCUGUCCGAGAAUACUACACCGACAACUGUCACCCAUUCGACACCUACGACGACCGAUUCUUCCGCAUCAUCAUGGGCAGUACUUUCUCCCCUUCGAAGGGAUCCGCUGAAGGAUUCGUCUUCCCCGCUUUCGGAAGCACAUAUAUCCACUGGUAGCAGUCGAGUCAGAGAGGUACCUCCACACCCCGAAAUGCCCUACGACACAUAUCCACUCAGACGAACAUUGAGCUCGAGGGCGUCGAGGAGCUCUAUUCGUGACCCUCAUCCGGCGGAGGUAGAUAACAGCUUCGGCGUGUUCAGAUCAUCGAGUGCAGGACCCACUCAACGACAUACAAGUCGUGACUCCGCUGGAACUCCGAGCCUAGUACAGGAGCGUCCUAGAUGGAGAUCAAUAUCUACCAUGACCAAUUUCAGUCAAGCCACAACUGAAUCAGGAGCCAAUAGUCAUACUACUCGUGCCCCAAACACUUACACUGUAUACGCCAACGCAGGACCCGUCAUUCUCGCAGGUGCUCUACAUGCCGUAGUCCAAGAGAGAGACCAAGGACGGAUCGACGAGUAUCUUAUAAAGAUCUACCGCUCAGCAACAUCAGGAGGAUCCGACACGGACAGUGUGAUAUCCAAAUUCGUCGCAGCCGGAACGAUACCGAUCAUCGUAUCCCUGCUCCGCAAAACUCGAUUGGAGACUCCAAGUUAUCAAGAGGAAGCUUUCAUACCGAUUUUGACAGGUUUAGGAGCACUUGCCUACGACCCCACAGGCUCUUCCAUCCUCCACCGCCUAAACGCAUACCCAACUCUCAUGGAACUCUUCCUCUCUCCCACAGAAUCCAUAUCCGUCCUCUCCGCUUGGUGUCUAACACGAGCAUGCAUGCGAAACAAGAAAGUUUCCGCCACGCUCUGUAAACGCGGAUUACCAAAGUUGUUCCUCAAAUAUGGAUUAGGAAAGCGAUAUAAGCAUAAACGACAUUCGGGGAUCGUUGCGCGAUAUGCAGCGUGGUGUUUGGGGAAUCUUAUCCAUUGUGAUGAGAUUUGUGAGAUGUAUUUUACUAGUCCGGAGGUUUUAUCGCGGGUUGUUGAGUACCUUCGCCGGACUACUACUACGUCUUCCUCUGUACUAUCUCCUCCUCCUCAUCCUCCUCAUCCUCCUCAUCGUGCGGAUAGCUCGUACAAUGCGAACGGAAUUCCAGUGGGAGAUACAUGUUCGGCUCUAUUCCUGAUAUCUCGAAUCUCCCGAUCCCUUCAAAUCUCCAAACAGCUCACGAGUUCGACGUUGAAAGUCGGAGACGGAGGAGGAGGGGAAGGAAGAGGAGGGUGUAUCUCCUACAUCUCUUACCUCCUGGCCACAUCGCGCCAUCCAGAGAUCCUCAAAUGGUCCGCUCGAGCCGUUGGUUGUCUUUUGCGGCCGAACAGUGGGGGGAUCGCAAACGAGCUUCUCAAAGGUGGUGUAGCAACUGGCCUUGUGAGACUUCCUAGGGUGUUAUCACCUGGUGAACUUGAGGCGUUGGAUUCGUUUGCAUUCGCAAUUCAGAGGUUUAGCUAUUCCGAGCGGGGUGGUGGAGGAGGAGGUGGGAGUGGUUAUAGUGGGGGGGCGAAGAGAGCGUUGGUUGAUGCUGGGAUUAUCAGUUCGAUGUUAUCUGCGCUUCGGAUGACGGUUGAGCAGAGGCCACAUGAUCGCGGUGGUGGUGGCGGUGGUGGCGGCCGAGGUUAUGCUCCAAUUCAAAUCCAACUCGCGAUGGCCGUCAGCUCACUUGGAGAUAUCGGUAGUGGGGGGAAGAAGAUUAGAAAAGAGAUCUUAGACGCGGGAGGAUUGGCAGUUUUGAAAAGGCUCGCUUGUGUUGCUGGACCUGGGACGGAAGUGGAGAAGGCGUGUAAUACCGCUGUGAAGAGCAUUUCCGGGAAUGUGGUGGUGAGGAAUGCGGCUUCCGCCAAAACAAGUUCCAGUCAUUCUUGGGUGGGCGGGUGUCCUGACUAUCUACCUCCUUGUCCGGUGUCGUUUGACUGA